UCUGCUAACUGUUAAUGACUGCUGACAGUUUUCGAUUUGUUUAAUUCCGUGAACGUGAAACGCUCAUCAAACGCGGUACUUGUGAUUUCUCUCCGUUCCUUUAUGAAUAAUCCAAUAACAGAAGUGAACAUGAGCGUCCCGAGCCGUGCGACUAACUCAAGCAAUACGAUUUUAUCUGAAGACCGAACAUGUCACAGAAAUCAAAUGACAUCAUCGGACGCCGUCGGGCGUUCAAUGGCACUGCUACCCAUAAAUCAUAAUCAUGCUUUACAUCAUGGAAUAAAAUUGAUGCCUCACAUAAACAUGCCUCACAGGGAAGUAGGAGCAACAACACCUUUGGUUAAUAACUCCAGCACAGCCAGUACGUGCUCGAUGUCUCUUCCAGGUUCAAUAUCAUCCACAUCAGACACUGUUUGCAACGUUCUUCCACAUAACACUUCUGAUAGCAGUUCAAUCGAUCUUGCCAGUCUGUUCGAAUGCCCUGUCUGUAUGGAUUACGCGCUACCACCGAUUAUGCAAUGUCAAAGUGGACACAUCGUUUGUGCAUCAUGCCGAUCCAAACUUUCGUCAUGCCCAACUUGUAGAGGCAACUUAGAUAAUAUCCGGAACCUCGCGAUGGAGAAACUUGCUUCCAGUGUAUUAUUUCCUUGUAAGUAUUCCACUAGUGGUUGCCCAGAAACUUUCCAUUAUGCAUCCAAAUCAGAACAUGAGGCGGUUUGCGAAUACAGGCCUUAUGAUUGUCCUUGUCCUGGUGCCUCAUGUAAAUGGCUUGGUGAACUGGAACAAGUUAUGCCUCAUCUUAUGCAUCAUCAUAAGAGCAUUACAACUCUGCAAGGUGAAGAUAUUGUAUUUUUAGCUACUGACAUAAGUCUACCAGGUGCUGUAGAUUGGGUUAUGAUGCAAUCUUGUUUUGGUCACAGUUUUAUGCUGGUUUUAGAAAAACAGGAACGUGUACCAGAUCAAAUAUUUUUUGCUUUGGUCCAACUCAUCGGAACCCGAAAACAGGCAGAUCAAUUUGUGUACAGACUUGAAUUAAACGGACAUCGUCGACGAUUAACAUGGGAAGCAUGUCCACGUAGUAUUCAUGAUGGUGUUCAAUCUGCAAUCGCUGUAUCCGAUUGUUUAGUGUUCGAUUCGAAUACAGCUCAUUCAUUUGCUGAAAAUGGUAAUCUAGGAAUCAAUGUGACUAUUUCCCAAGUUUCCCCGUCAAUUUCAUAAGUUCAAAUAGUUCAUCUUAUUUUCUUUUGUAUACUUUCUUUUGUGUGUGGGAAAAUUCCGUUGUCAUCAUCAUCAUCAUUCAUUUUUGCCACAUCGAGCUUAUUAUCUUAGUUCUCUUUGCUUUUACACAUACUUAAGUUUUAUUAAACUUUAUCAUUAUUGAAUAUCAGUCGAUGUUUGUAACCGUUUUUUUUUCUAUAGAAAGAUAAAAAAACAUUUACAAACAUGCAUUUGGUUUCAUUUACUUUUUCAUUCUUUUACAUUAUGAAACUUAGCCUCUUCAUGUGUUUUAGUUUUCAAGCGCCUUAACUAUCCAAUUAUCAUCUCAUAUAUAAUACACAUGCACAUACAUUUCCUUUUUAGACAAUUCACUUUACUAGUUUUUUGUGAAUGUGUGUGUGCGUGUGUUUGUUGUAUAUUACCAGUCCAUUGAACCCAGUCCAUGUAAAUAAUUGAGUUUACCAUCACCUAUUUCUAUCUCAUUACCUACCACAGUUCAUUCACAUCCAAAUAUUCAGUGAUUAUUAAUUGUUUGUCGAAAUAUCAAUCUCAAAAAUAAACAAACAAAGGCAAACGCAUACAUUUGUUUUUGGUUCUUAUUUUGUUAGUCCUAUUUUAUUUUCUCUUAUGUUUUUUUUUCAUUGAAAUUCCUUCUCCUUGUUGUUUUUUCGCUCCAGAGCUGUUUAUGUUUUUUUUUGUUCUUAAAAAAGGCGUUAGUAUCCUAUCAUGUAUAAAUUUGAUUUUAAGUGAAAAGAAAGUUACUAAUCCUUUGGUUUUAUUUGAGGUAUGUUUACGAUGACUUGACGAUUAUUGUGUGAAACAAACGGAAAAAAGUGACCACUAUUGUCAAUACAUUUUUUGAUUUAUUUGUUCGUUUGUUGGUUUAUUUUUUUCAUCGAAUUCUUGUUCAUAUCAAACUAGUUCGUUUUUUUUGUGUUUUUAAGAAAUCAUGUUAUCAAGAAAUGUCGCUGUGUGCACGUAUGUACUUUUAAGUGGUUGAACAUGAUUGAUUUUGGUCGCAUCCAAAAACCUGUAAACAAAUAUACAUAAUUUUUCGUAGCAGUAUUGGGAUUAUUUGAGAUCUUACUUAAUCUGAACACGUUCUAAGGUGAUG